AUGUUUGUGCAGCAGCCGGAGACAUACGCGCCUCAGAUGUUUGAUGGAAUUCCUGACGCUCAUAUACCCAUUUCCGAUGCCAUCAUUGAUAAUAGGCAUAUGAUAGAAGAGAAACUCACUGAAAUGCUUCAAACGCUUGAAAAGAUGGGGAAGAUCUACGCAGAUUGGCCAAAGCUAGUUGAGAAGAAAUUGGUUGGAAAGGUUGACAAAGUUGGUGAAGAGGGUUCUCAGUCAAGGGAGUUGUCCACAGAUCAGGCAAGUCAAUCUUCUAGUACUCUUACUUACACUUCAGUUGUGGAUAAACUGGAUAAAUUGGGUACAGUUGAGGAAACUAUUCAUGUUGAGAGUGAUGAUUUGCAUGUUUUGGUGGAAGCGGAUAAUGAGAAGUCAUUGGAGGAGGCUGCUGGGAUGGUUGAAAAAUUGUUGAGGCCAGUUGAUGAGGGGUUGAAUGAACAUCCGAGGCAGCAGCUUAGGGAACUUGUGGCGUUGAAUGGGACAAUUAAGGAUGAGGAGUUUUGUAGGUUGUGUGGGGAGGCGGGGCAUAGGCAGUAUGCUUGUCCUUUGAGGUUGACGACUUAUAAGAGUAAGGUGUUGUGUAAGAAUUGUGGUGAUGGUGGAUAUCCGACUAUUGAUUGUCCUAUAAAAGGUGCGGUUGGGAAGAAAAUGGAUGAUGAGUAUAAGAAUUUCUUGGCGGAGCUGUGA